GUGGGGGGUGAAAGCUCGUCCACGCAAACAUUGCCGCGUCAUUAAAAUUCACAAACAAAAUGUUUUGGGAAUCGAACGUGCACAGAGACACGCUCUCACUAACACACGGGUUCGUCGGUGCGAUGGUGGCGGGGCUUCGUCUGCAGCUGCACGCGCACAGGUCGUUAGCAUUGUUUUGGUUGAGGGGCGGAAGAAUGAGGAAGUAGCUGCUCAGUGAAGCUAGGAGGUAACUCGGUGCCGCGCACAGCACCAAAACAACGUGUCUCCUUUGUGACAGCGAGUGUGUUCACGUCUCCUCUCUGGAGGUUUCACUCUCUCGUCAUGUCAGCAGGGAUCCACUGCAGCCGAUCACAUGCUGACUGUCUCCGCUGCAGCUCACAGCCAAGUUCCAUGUUUGAAAUGUUGCUCUAUGUAUUCAUGGACGUGUAUACGGGUCCACACAGGCUAUGAAUUUCUCCGAGCAUGGGGAAGUUUCAGAUGAAGCAAUGCUUGAGAAAGAACGAGAGCAUGUCCAGGACAUUAAAGAAGAAGCGGAGGACUAUGCUGUUUGCGAGCUACCAGAAGGACGUGGAGGAGGCUCUAAUGAGACCUCUGAGGCUGGUAAACGGUCAUCAGCAGAGAUGGGUCCUGAUACAGACCAGUCCACCAGCAGCAAGAGAGCCAGAGUCUCUGCAGAGAUGAGGAGGCACUUGAUUGACAUGAGCAGCAGACAUGAGCCUCUUUGCCUCACCACAACUGGAGAGAACAGGGACUGUGUCCAGGAGAAAUCCAGGGUGUCCUACAGGAAGCCUCUCUUCAGCAUCUCCCACAGGAUCUCAGAGAAGAGGAAUACACCGAGUCUGGAGCAGCAGGCCAGUCACGAUGCUGGAAAUCAGCUCAACUACAGCAGUGUCCUUUUGUCCAAGCUUCAAAAUCCAGAGGAAAAGGACCAAUUGGAGACUCUCCCCACCACGGACAGUUUAGGCCAAGCUUCGACAGCAAACUCCAGCCUUUAUCCACUGAUUGAGAAAAUGUUUUUUAUUCUAAAUACCCUCAAUUCAAGCAUGACACAACUUCACAGCAAGGUGGAUUUGCUAACCCUCGAAGUCAUGCGCAUAAAAAAGCAGAUCAAACCGGCCGAGAUGGUGACGGAGUUCCAGCCUCCUCCUGAAUAUCUACUAACAAGUGACGAAUUGAAUCAGCUGAUGGAGCAGACAUCAGGCGCGGGGGAGCUCGGGUGUCGACUGCUGGUGCAUCUCUUCCCGGAGCUGUUCAAAGUGAGGGAGUGCUCUCGUGAAUGCAUGUCCAGCAAGAGAAUGCUGGAGUCUCUCCAUCUGCAGCUGAUUCGUAACUACGUCGAGGUGUGCUACCCGUCAAUCAAGAACAACAGCGUCUGGCAGGAAGAAUGUCUGCUCCAGAUUAAUGACUUCUUUAAUCGCUUCUGGGCACAGAGGGACAUGGAGAGCGCUCAGCUGCUCAGGAAGCAGACGCUCACAGGCGCUGGGAUAAAAGCUGAGUCCCCUCAAACCUACCAUUUCAUCAAUGAGCAGGGUCAGGAGGAACAUGUCCCUCUAGAUAACCAGCAAAGCAGCCUGGCUGUGUCAGACCUUGCUUUCAACACACAAGCCACAGAGGACAUCGAUGAGUUCUCGUCCCACGAGGACUUAAUUAUUUUUCUCAUGCAUCGUCUUUUCCCUGAGGUGUUUGAAGGAGGAAAAAUGCCUGAAGGCUCCAGUAGUUUCAGUAGAGUGGGGCAGCUCAUUCUAGACUCUGACAAGAUGGAGAUUAUUAGAAAGUAUAUGGAGGCAAAUUUUCCUGAUGUGCCUGAGGACAGCUGGCUCCAGGUCUGCAUUCAGCAUAUGGAGGAUGCUCUCGAGGGUCCUCACAGCAGUGGUAAUGGGAGUGAACCUGACAAUAUCAACGAUGAGGGCUAUGAUGUAGUAAGCCUUUCAGAAGAUGUUUCUAUUAUUAAAGUUCCAGAGGUGGCUGAUUAUGAAAGGCCCAUCCGCAAAUCCAAAAAGUCACUGCUCUCCCCAGUGGAUUUUGACAAUCUGGAGAUUCCUCUACCCAACUUCAUUGUCCCCCAGGUGUACCUCUUGUCCUUGGAGCAGCUGAAGUUCAACUAUGAAUGUAGCUUGUCCAUUGGGAACUUUGCCUCUCGGCUGCUGGUGCUUAUGUUCCCUGAGCUCUUCACCCAUGAGAACAUAAGGAAGCAGUACAACUGCAGUGGUUCUCUUGGGAAAAAGCAGCUCGACCCUGUUCGUGUAAACCUGAUCCGUCACUACGUGCAGUUAGUCUACCCUCGGGCCAGGAACGACAGAGUGUGGAUGUUAGAAUUUGUGGGGAAACUUGACGAGAGGUGUCGGAGACGCGACACAGAGCAGAGGAGAUCCUACCUGCAGCAACGCAAAGUGUAUGGUCAAGAGUCUGAGCAGGACUUUUUUUGCCAGCUGAACCAGCUCAAUCCAGAUAUUAGAGAGGACUCAGAUAUUCCCUCUUUACCUCCUGAGAAAAGCAGCAAAGAUUUUUGCAAAAUUCCUCUGGAUGAACUGACUGUAUCCAAACCUGACUUCCCCGUACCAGCAGCCUACCUGCUCUCAGAUACUGAGGUACGGGAAAUCGUCCAGCAGAGUCUCUCUGUUGGGAACUUCGCUGCCCGUCUGCUCGUGCGCCUCUUCCCCGAACUCUUUACGCAGGAGAACCUGCGGUUGCAGUACAACCAUUCAGGGGCCUGCAACAAGAAGCAGCUCGACCCCGUGCGCCUCAGAUUGAUCCGUCACUAUGUGGAAGCAGUGUAUCCUGUGGAUAAGAUGGAGGAGGUGUGGCACUAUGAAUGUGUGCCAAGCAUUGACGAACGCUGCCGGCGCCCUAAUCGCAAGAAGUGUGACAUUCUCAAGAAGGCUAAGAGGUCAAGCAUUGUGUCCUAGUUACAGUACUCUCCAGUUAGGCAACACUUUGUCAUAAAAAAUAAUUGCACAUUAUAUAAGCUGAAACCGCAUUGUUGAACUUUUACAUAACUGUCCUAUGUAGGAUGAAGCCAAGCUGGUAUGAGUUUCUUCAGUACUAUUCUUUGUCAUAUUUUAUAUUUGGACUACAGCAAUAGAUGUUGUAGCGUAUGCAGUCUUAUUAAUGUUGGCUAAAGAGUUAAAACUGCUUCUAUUUAUAAGCCAAAACUGUCGUAGCUUAUCUAACAUUCUUUGUUGAUAAAUGUUGUAGCCUUAACAACAUUAACAAUGAUAGUAGCUGAUAGCAUCAAUCACACAUUUGCUCUGAUGAUUCACAACUAUGUGAUGUAGAGACAGGUGACAAACUCAAGGAAAAACCUGAGUAAAUAAGUAGAGAAUAUAUAUAUAUAUAUAUCCAGAGGGGCUGUAUGUAAGAACGCAAAUAUCCAGGUCAGAGGCUCCGAACAUUCUCCAGUUUCUCCUGCCAGAACCUGAGUAAAAACUCUUUUUCGGGAGGAUCCCCAAGUGAGCUGAUGCAAGAACACAGCAAGAGAUCCUCUGCAGGAGUCACCGCAAACAAGUGGGUGUGUUGAUGAAGCAAAAAUAAGAAAACAAUUAUCUCAGGGUGAAAAGGCGGUGCCAUACACGUAGAAGACGCUGACGAAGAUGUCGAAAGCUUUCGGUGAGAAUGAUGCAGGUGUCCCCGUGCUGUAAACAAAAUUGCAUCCUGCCUCUGCCUGUUGUGCCACAACUCACCUGAACACUGCGGAGAAUUCUGUGUAGUUUUUGAAUCUCCUGGUGCGUUGUUCAUGUGUGAAAGGCAAACACCAGACCCAAUCCUGCGGACAUCCACUGGAGUUCAUGUCUGAAAAGCUCCGUUAUGGCCUUAGAAGUUGUUAGAUCUCAAAGUAUCUCCCAUAGAUGAAACCCUACAGGAGGUUUCUGACAGAUGUGUGACAUCUCUCCUUCAUCGUCAUGAAAAUACCAACAUACUUUGGAAGAACAGUGUUUCGUCCCUCCUGUCAGGUUCAGACACUUGUGGAUUAAAUGCAAAGCAGCACUGAAGCUGUCGACAACUUAUUAACUCACCUAAAGUCUGUUAUUCCUGUAAUUUGUCACCUGUCUGUAUUUCUGUUACAGUUACUGAUGUAGCAUUGUGCCACCACUGUUUUAAUAACAACGUGCUUAUGUUAAGCCUUCUUAUAGAAGUUUAUACUAUAAAGACAAUUUAACAUGACAAUAGAUCAUGAUAACCUUUCUAAUAAAACCCUAGUUAUAAAUAUGACUAUCAGACUGUUUUACAUAACACUAAACUGUUAUUAUUAACUGUAUCUGGUCAUGCAGACAUUUCCUUAGCAGGGAGUGGGAGGUGUGCGUAGUACCAGUACAUGAGAAAACUUUGCACUCAGUAACAUGAAUAUUGGUCCUUCGUACCAUUUGUACCAUAAAAAAAAUUAUAUUCAAUGAGGUUUCACAGGG